AUGAGUGAAGAACAUCAAGAAGCUCCUGUUAGUGAGGAGGGGCCAGUCCCGGUCCUGAGAUGGGACUUAGGUUUAUUCGAACAGAUCGUUCGAAGUUUUAGGUUUCCACCGGAGUGGGAUGCCCGGUACCCUGCUCAGGGUCAGACCGCGGCUGAUGCCCCACCCGGUUACAUUACUUUGUUCGAAGACUUCUUCCUUCAAGGAAACUUCCGGCUGCCGGCGACUAACUUCUUUGGUAGCAUAUUGUCCUACUACAAGUUUCAUAUCUCACAGUUAAGCCCACCUGGGAUGGUGAGGGUGAGGCACUUUGAGUUCUUGUGUCAAUCUCACGGCAUUGAGCCGACGGUGAAUAAGUUUCGUGUCUUCUAUCAACUGCAAAGAACAAUGGGGUUCUUUUCUUUUGCUAGCCGUGGUACGGCUAAGAAGAUUUUGUUGAAUCCUCCCAAGAGUUUCCACGACUGGAAACCCAAGUUCUUCUUCAUCCGGGAGGAAGUCUUGCCAAUAGCUAUGCCGUUUAGGGAAUGGACCGAGGUUAUACCAAAGGAGGACCUUCCUAUACCGAAGUCUGCUCAGUGGUAUCAGCAGCUUACCGCAACCCCUAACCGGGUAUUUGGGGAGAAUGUUCUGGUUGCUGCCAAGAUGAGUGACCAGUGGUCACCUAGUAGCAGGGAACUCCCGGUCUUGAAGAUCGGGGAUCAAGAGACGCAACUCUAUCAGGCUGCCUUCCCAGCCUUUGGUGGCUCCAUGGGCGUUCGCCCUCUGCGCGAUGAUGAGGAAGGCUGGUAUGACCAGAUAAAAGGGAACUUCAUGUUUCCUCCUGCUGACGCCUUCGCCUCGCCGCCGGAUGCAACUGAAGGUGUGUUGCGCGAUCUGGGGGUUGACCCAGAGGAGAAGAAGAAGAAACCUUCGAAGAAGAAAAAGAAGGCGGAUGUUGAAGUGACCAGCAAGGGUCUUGGCGCCAGUCGCGCAACUACUGCUGCUGUCAAAGCUAUGGGAAAGACUGGCGCUGGUGGGUCAAAGGGCUCUGGGAGCGCGGGUUCUCGUAACCCGGAUGCUGACGCAACUCCAUCUCAACCUGAGGAUGAAGAAGAAGAGGAAGAAGAGACUGCCCCGUUGAUUGGAAGAAAGAGGGGUAGAAGCGAGGCGACAACUGGUAUGGCCUCUGCGCCUGUUUCAGUUGUUAUUCCCGUUGUUGGGAAGAAGAGCAAGUUGCGCUCGUUAUACCAGUUUUCUCCUGAGAUCAAGAAGAAAACCCCUGAAAAGGGGGUUAAGUUUGUUGAACCCAGCACGAAAAAACCUAAGGUUGCCACUGAACCUUCCGAUUCUGCUGCGCGUGAUGCUGCGAAAACUGCUGAAGCGCAGCGAAAGGCAGAAGAGGAUCGGAAGAAAGAAGAGAGUAGGAUUGCUGCGCAGAAGAAGGCUGAAGAGCGAAAGCGCAAAGAAGAGGAAGAGAAAAAGAGGAAGGAGGAGGAGGAGAGAAAGCUGGAAGCGGAGAGGAAGAGGAAAACGGAAGAGGAGAGAAAGCUGAGGGAGGAGGCGGAUAGGCAGAGGAAGGCGGAAGAGGCGAGGAAAGAAAGAGCUGCCGAUCAGUCUUCUGUUCAAGGGCAGUCUGGUGUCCCAAAACCUCCCCCUGCUGCGCCGAUUGUUACCUCUAAGGGGUUAGGGCGCUAUGUGUCUAGUGGUGCAAGCUCUGGAGGAGCUGGGGGCUAUAACCCCAAUGUGAUAGGUGCGAAGGAUACCGUCGGGGACAUAUAUUAUAAAACUUAUACUGAAGAGGAACGUGGUGAUGCUCCUCAUCAAGCCCCUUGGAGCUUAAGGCAGAAGGAUACAUUUGUUGAAUUUGGUCCUUCUCGCGAUUGGUACUUAAACCAAUUCACUCCUGGCGAAGUUAACCGUCAAAAGGCGAAGCCGCAUGAAAUGUUGUACCGCACUUACAUUCUUGCCGAGGCCAACGCUCGAUCUGCUAACCAUCAGAUAGUUCGUGAAUGGCGAACAAUGGUCAGAGAGCGCGCCGAUUGGGAGGCUUACCGAGAACGUGUGCUAAAACGUGUUGGUGAAUUUGAGAAGGCUAAGGCCAUAUUUGAUGAGGAGAAAGCCAAGUUUGAGGCUGAUAGGAAAGCUGAAGAGUGGGGUCGCGAGGGCCUGCAAAAGAAACUUCAUAAUGUGGAAGAGCAACUGGCCAAGGAGAAGGCCGAGUUCAAGCGUAUAUGCGCUCAAGACAACGAGCGUACUUAUGCUCUACGCCAGAAGAUCGUUGGUCUUGAGGCUACAGUUGCGGACUUGACCUCAAAGGUGGAGGAAGCGCAGGGUGAAAAAACUGCCAAGCAGCAGAUGGAGGUUGAGCUGACUGAAGCCAAGGUGCAAUUGUCUAACAAGGACAAGGAUCUCCAUGCCAAGGACGUUGAGAUAGCGGAACUCAAGCGUCGCUUGAAUGAGCAAAUCGACAGAUGCGAGUCUUUGGAGAUUGACCUUGAGGCUGAGAAGGUCAAGGCCACCGAUGCUGAGGAGGCGCGUGCUGUCAGCACUGCGGCGCUUAACGUGGCUCAGACAAAUUAUUCUGAGGCCCAAGGCAUUGUGGACACGCUUGUUUCUGAAGCAGAAUGGAUGCGCACUCGGGGAAUAGUGCUGGUUGCCAACUCCAUCCUGAACGCCGGCGAGCUAGAUCGCGCUGUUGCUGCUCUUACGGAUGCGGCGCGUGCAGUUGGUCAUCGAGGAGGUUAUCUGGAGUGUGCUGAUCACGUUGAGCGAAUGCUGGGACAAGAAUUCGAUACAAGUCACUGCUCAGUGACGGAACAAGCUGAUGCUGCGCUGGCCAGUGCUGAGAACUCAUAUGACAACCUCUCCUUGCCCAUCAUGGACUUGGUUGUUAGUGCCUUAAAAAAGGAUGAUUGGUGUCAGCGCCUCAAGGCGAUCCUUGAUCCACCGAUUACUGUUGAAUCAUCUGAUGAGGAAGCAGCUGGUGAUGAUGGCGGAGGUGAUGACGAUGGCGACGAUGGUGAAGGGAACGAAGAUGAUGAUGUGUUUCCCGUCAGAGAGCGUGACAGGGAAACUGAUUUGCCCGAGAGGGAAGACCAUUUCAUUGCAAAAGCCGGACAAAGGAUAAUCGACUGGCUCGAGUCUCGCUUUGUCUUCUUCAUCGAGUUGGUUGAAACAUUGUUCGUAGAUGAUGUCGGCUGUGCUUCCUGGGUCGAUGAAGAUGUAUUCAGUUUCAUAGUGACCAAUUAUGCCAGUAAUGACGACGGGUCGUGUAGCGCGAGGACCGCCGCGCACUACUGGGAAUAUGACUUGCUGUUCUUGCCAAGAAGGCUCGUAGGGCCGUUUGCCUUUUUCUCUCGCGGUGUAUCUUGGUCCGUUGACCAUGUGAGUCUCUAG